UCUAAUAAUAUUAGAAGACGACAGAUACUAACGCUUCACUUGCUUCACUAUACAUCUGUCAUCUUCCAGUAAUAUUUAGUUAAUACAGUUUAGACUAUUUAUUGAUUUAAUAGAGCCUAUUGAGGUUUCACGUGGGCGUUGAAUGUGUAGUUGAGUGCGGAAGAAAGCUAAUAAAAAGGUUAACAUUGACUGAGUGUCUGAAACACUCAAAGUUUUCACACUAAUAAUUAUUGCAAUUUUUUUAUUUCUUCUUUUCCUCAAUAAUAAUACGCAUUGCCUGCCGGUGAUGGUGUUAGAAAUGAGGCAAUAAUGAUUCUUUCUUUUGCUGCGAAUUGAAAGUGGCCAUGAAUUGAUGCCCACAAUGGACUUUUACCUCUGUUUCCAAGAAAACAUACAAGGUUUCAGGUUUGGUUUGACAAUGAUUCUUUUGUCAUCAACAAAGUAGUAUGUAUGUAUGUAUUGUCUUCAUGCAUGUCGCUGGUCAACAUAAAAAGCCAUAUUCAACUUGAUUACAUAUACCCUCUUUCUCUAAUUCUCUCCCUCUUCAAUUAUGGCCAUCUUGAUCAGUUGACCCCCCCCCAAUUUCAUUAUUCAAACCUCUGAUUAUAACCUUGUUUUAGUGCUGUUAAGAGUUUUACCCAGAAACCUGGAGUCUUGUUAGUUCAAGAAUGCUUUUGUAGUUUGCUUUUGUUGUUAAUUAGGUUUAGAUUGGUGAGAAAUUGCAGUGAUGGAUCGUUUUGAUUCAAAUUACAAUCAUCAAUUUACUUCAACCUCUUCUUCUUCUUCUUUUUCUUCUGGUGAUCUUUCAAUUGAAUCAUCAUCUUGUGGUGGCGAUGAUUCAACUCCUCUGGAGCGAGAUUACUUUGAUGGGGUUCUCAAGUACAUCAACCAGAUGUUAAUGGAGGAGGAGGAUUUGGAGAAUCGGCCCUGCAUGCUUCAAGAUUCCCUGGCGUUGCAGGCCGCCGAGAAGUCCUUCUAUGAAGCCCUAACGGACUGCAAUUUCUCCGAUGAAAGAAAUAGGAAGAGAGAUAGCUAUGGCGAUGGCGAUGGCGAUGUGGAAGGGAGAGCUAACAAACUGGUUGCGGAAUCCACGGCGGAAGAAUCGGAGCAAACUGAGGUGUAUGAUAAGACUCUGCUCUGUUCUGCAAAUAAUCCUGGCUUCUACAGUGAUCCACCAUGGUGUCAUCUAGAUUAUUCCAUGGAACAAACCCCGAGAUUCACGGCGGCCGUUACUGUCCAGUCGAAACGAGGAAGGCCACGCGCGGGCAAGAAGCGCGUGGGGUCCGGGAAACCGGUUGAUCUGAGGAGUCUUUUGCUUGAAUCUGCAGAGGCGGCGGCGAACUAUAACGGCCGGACGGCGAGUGACCGGCUGAAGCUCAUCCGGCAGCACAGUUCUCCUUACGGCGACGCCGCCGAGAGAACCGCUCACUACUUCGCCAACUCCCUGGAAGCGCGCCUGGCCGGAACGGGAACGGAGCUCUACACCGCUUUCUCCCGGCGGCGAAUGUCGGCGGCGGAAAUGCUGAAAGCUUAUCAGGUUUACGUCACCGCGUGCCCGUUCAAGAAAAUGUCCAACAUAUUCGCGAACAAGACGAUCGGAAAACUCACCAGGAAAGCCACGGCGAUUCACAUAAUAGAUUUCGGCAUUCUCUACGGAUUCCAAUGGCCGUGUUUCAUCCAGGGAAUCUCCCUACGCCCAUCCGGCCCGCCAAGGCUUCGAAUCACCGGCAUAGAUUUCCCCCAGCCGGGUUUCCGGCCGGCGGAGAGAGUGGAGGAUACCGGCCGCCGCCUGGCGAAUUACUGCAAGCGAUUCAAUGUCCCAUUCGAGUAUACCGCCAUAGCCGCCAAAAGAUGGGACACAAUUAGUUUGGAUGAACUAAAGACGGAUAGAGAGGAAUUAUUAAUCGUGAACUGCUUAUACAGGCUAAAGAACACGCCUGAUGAUGAGAAUAGUCCCCGGGACGCAGUUCUAAACCUGAUUAAGCAAACAAACCCGGAUUUCUUUAUCCACGGAGUCAUAAACGGCAAAUAUAACUCAUCCUUCUUUCCCUCGAGAUUCAAGGAAGCUCUAUUCCACUUCUCCUCCCUAUUCGACAUGUUGGACACCGCUAUCCCGAGGGAAGAUCAAGAAAGAUUGGUGUACGAGCGGGAGAUAUGGGGGAGGGACAUCAUGAACAUUGUGGCAUGUGAGGGAAGUGAGAGGGUAGAAAGGCCAGAAACGUACAAGCAGUGGCAGCUGAGGAACCAAAGGGCAGGGUUUAAGCAGGUUGCCCUAAACCAGGAUGUGGUUAAGGAAGUGAGGGCUAAGGUAAGGUUGUGUUACCAUAAAGAUUUUCUGGUGGAUGAACACAGCAAUUGGAUGCUGCAAGGUUGGAAAGGAAGAGUUCUCUGUGCCCUUUCUUGUUGGACACCUGUCGAGAAAGAUUUGUUCUGAUCUUAGAAUCUGAUGCGAUGCUACAUCGACUUUCCAAACUGGCCGAUUAUAUGGUUUCAAGAAGAGUUCGGAAUGUGAGCUGCUGCUACGAUUGUCGGCUUCUCAUGCAGUAUCAGAAUCACAUUCAGUGCCGAGAUGGAAAACAUGUGUACGUGAGACAAUGUACCUGCGACGACAUAUCCCAUUUUCCACUCUACUUUUCAUAAAGUUGGUACCCUGCACUUUUUAUUGUUUGAUGGGAAUCUUUCAUUCUUAUGGUCUAGUUUUCUUGACAUUUUCCCAUAUGAUUGAAUAAAAACAUUGUCCGACUAAUUAUUGUAGGCAAGAUAGGAAAAUAUUGUGUGUACUCUUAUUCUUUACUCUCUAUUAUUAUUAUUAUUAUUAUUAUUACAACCAAUCUUGAUAUAGACACUUGUAAUGAGUCCACAUAAAAAAAAAUAAAGUAUCAAUAUCCGUCAUAUCAAAGAGUAAAAUUAAUAGAGUAAAAAUUAGGAGUACAUGUAAUAGAACUCCGCCAGAUGAAUAGAUAAUUCAACAUUAGACCAAAACUUAGGGUUUUAUGCCGACACAUGGCUAAAGUUGGUGCAGAAUUUUGUUGAUUGUGCGAGCAAUCCAAAACUCUCUGAAAGUGAAAAA